AUGCAAGAUGAAGAUGUCGUAUUAUAUUGUCAUUAUUCUGGCAACGUGUCCUGUGUCAAAGAAGUGCGAGGAGCUGCAGUUUCGCUAAUCCUCUACAUUCUUGCAGCGGGAGCAGUGAUGAUUACUUUCUCCGGAAAUCUAGUGGUGAUAAUUUCCAUCUGUCAUUUUAAGCAGCUCCACACGCCAACUAACAUACUUGUCCUCUCACUGGCCAUGGCAGACUUCUUAGUAGGGACUGUUGUUAUGCCAUUUAUGACUAUUCAGUCAAUCGAAUCGUGCUGGUAUUUAGGGGAAAUAGUGUGCAUGGUUUAUACAAUGUCCUUAGCUUUUCUGACUACGGUAUCAAUGUUGAAUUUAGCAGUGAUAGCAAUCGAUCGAUAUCUUGCUAUUUGUAGUCCGAUGUUCUAUACUAUCAGGAUUACGGUACGUUUCGCUUGCUAUUGUGUCGUAGUAGUGUGGCUCGUCACUUUGUCUUACAUUUCUGCAAUGGUGUUUUCAAAUGGGAACACUGAAGGAGUGAUAGGAGUCGAUCCUUGCCCGGGAGAUUGCGUGUUUGUCUUAAAUUUAACCUGGGGAACGACAGAUCUCGUUUGUUCGUUUAUCAUGCCCGUUUCCUUAAUGGUGACCCUUUACACGAAAAUUAUUAUUAUAGCAAAACGACACGCAAAAGCGAUCUCUGUACAACAAAGGGUACAGCUGCAUAAUAAUAUGCCGCCUUUAAAAAAAUCAGAAGCAAAAGCUUCAAAAACACUGGGCAUAGUGGUUCUAGUAUUCUUACUUUGCUGGUUGCCAUUCUACAUUUGCACUAUUCUAAACCAAUUUAUCAGUUAUCCUGUCCCUUCGUUUGUAUUUUGCGCAUGUUUAUGGCUGGCAUUCCUCAAUUCUGGCAUCAAUCCGAUUAUCUACGCUUUGUUUUAUCCUUGGUUUCGUAAAUCUUUCAGAUUUUUAGUAACGUUUAAGAUUUGCAGCCACGGAUCUUCUCUGUUUAAGCUGUUGAAUGAAAGCUAA